CAGCCUUUGCCUGGAAGACAGUCUCAUGGAGUUCAGAAGGACUUCCAAGUAAGUUCUCUUAGUUGCUGCUAUGAGGAAACCUCGGAGGAGGUCCCGACAGACCCUAGAAGGGAGACGUUCUCCUUCACCGUACAGCUUGAAAUGCUCACCUACACGAGAGACCCUGACAUAUGCCCAGGCUCAACGAAUAGUGGAAGUUGAUAUUGAAGGGCGCCUUCAUCGUAUCAGCAUUUAUGAUCCUCUAAAGAUCAUCACAGAGGAUGAGCUGACUGCCCAGGACAUCACAGAAUGCAACAGUAACAAAGAAAACAGUGAACUGCCACUAUUUCCUUCAAAAUCCAAGAAAACUCAGUGCAAAGGCAAAAAAAGGGAGACAUGCACGAAACAUGCUCCUGGGACAUCUUUCCAUCUACCACAGCCCAGCUUUCGCACACUUGACUCCUUCAGCCAGCCAGAUGCUCCUCCCUUGCCUUCAGCAUACUAUCAGUACAUUGAGAAACCACCUGAGGAUGUUGAUGCUGAAGUAGAGUACGAUAUGGAUGAGGAGGAUUUGGCUUGGCUUGACAUGAUCAACGAGAAGCGGAAGAAUGACGGCUAUGGGUCAAUUUCUGCGGAGACGUUUGAAUUGCUGGUGGACCGGUUGGAGAAGGAGUCAUACUUGGAGAGUCGUAACAAUGGGGCCCAGCAGACUCUAAUAGACGAGGAUGCUGUCUGUUGUGUUUGCAUGGAUGAUGAGUGUCAUAACAGCAAUGUUAUUUUGUUUUGUGACAUUUGCAACUUGGCUGUGCACCAGGAAUGCUAUGGAGUGCCCUACAUCCCUGAGGGGCAAUGGCUUUGUCGUUGCUGUCUACAAUCCCCCUCCCGCCCAGUUGAUUGUGUUUUGUGCCCAAACAAAGGUGGAGCCUUUAAACAGACAAGUGAUAGUCACUGGGCCCAUGUUGUUUGUGCCAUCUGGAUCCCAGAAGUCUGCUUUGCAAAUACGGUGUUUCUGGAACCGAUUGAGGGGAUAGACAAUAUCCCCCCAGCUCGCUGGAAGCUGACUUGCUACAUCUGCAAGCAGAAGGGCAUGGGAGCAGCCAUUCAGUGUCACAAGGUGAACUGCUACACUGCUUUCCAUGUUACCUGUGCCCAGAGGGCUGGUCUCUUCAUGAAGAUUGAGCCCAUGAGGGAGACCAGUCUCAAUGGCACAACAUUUACUGUGCGCAAAACUGCUUAUUGUGAGGCACAUUCCCCUCCUGGCAGUGUGAAGAAAGGGCGUACUUCUAUUGUUCAUGAAGGAGAGGAGGUCAUUGAAAAGAAUGAGACAGUGGAUGAGGGCACUCCCAAAAACAAGAACAAAGUGAAGUUGAAACAGAAGGUAAAGAAGGAAACCUGUGCUUCUGUGCCUCUACUGAUGGUCACACAGAUCCCUUCUUACCGGCUGAAUAAAAUCUGCAGUGGACUCUCCUUCCAGAGAAAGAAUCAGUUUAUGCAGCGGCUGCACAACUACUGGCUCUUAAAACGUCAGUCAAGAAAUGGUGUCCCACUGAUACGGCGGCUGCACUCUCACUUACAGUCCCAAAGAAAUGCAGAACAGAAAGAGCAGGAUGAGAAAACCACUGCAGUAAAAGAAGAACUGAAGUAUUGGCAGAAACUGCGGCAUGACUUAGAAAGAGCACGGCUGCUCAUCGAAUUAAUUCGUAAGCGGGAGAAACUCAAACGUGAGCAGGUAAAGGUUCAGCAAGCUGCUAUGGAAUUACAGCUCACACCCUUCAAUGUGCUGCUGCGCACCACACUGGAUCUACUGCAGGAGAAGGAUCCAGCCCAGAUCUUUGCAGAGCCUGUAAACCUGAGUGAGGUUCCAGAUUACCUGGAAUUCAUUUCCAAGCCAAUGGAUUUUUCUACCAUGAGGCAGAAGCUGGAGUCCCACCAGUACCGAACACUGGAUGAGUUUGAGGAGGAUUUUAACCUUAUUCUAACCAACUGCAUGAGGUAUAAUUCUAAAGACACAAUUUUCCAUCGAGCAGCUGUCCGGCUCAGGGACCUCGGAGGAGCAAUAUUACGCCAUGCACGGCGACAAGCUGAGAAUAUUGGUUUUGACCCCCAAGUAGGGAUUCACUUGCCUGAAUCACCAAAGACAGAAGACUUCUAUCGAUUUUCUUGGGAGGAUGUUGAUAAUAUUCUCCUUCCUGAGAACCGGGCUCACCUUUCCUUAGAGGCGCAACUGAAGGAGCUGCUGGAAAAACUGGACAUGGUGAGCACCAUGAGGUCAAGUGGUGCCCGAACCCGCCGCAUCCGCCUCUUGAGACGUGAAAUCAAUUCUAUCCGGCAAAAGCUGGCCCAGCAACAGAACAAAACCAUGCCAAAUGGAGAUCCAGCUCCGUGGGAGGAGGGACUGGAGAAAAUGCUACUAGGAGAACGGGAUGAAGAUGGUGGAAAAGCAGAUGACACCAAGCCCCCACUUCCCCCCACCCUGGAGCCCACAGGACCUGCACCCUCCCUAUCGGAGCUGGACUCUCUGCAGGACCCUCCAACUCUCAAACCCAUUAGCGAAAGCAAGUCCUUGAACAGACUACAUAAACGGCUGAAGUCCGAGGGUGAGCACUUUGAUAAGAAGACGCUGCAGAGGGAGAGCCACGCCUUCCAGCGCUUGCUCAGCGACAACGGCCUGAACGGAUUGGCCCUUCAGGCCACAGGCGCUUCUGCCACCCCCCCGUUUAGUGGAGUGGGCAGGCGGACAUCUGUCCUUUUUAAAAAAGCCAAGAACGGGGUGAAACUGCAAAGAGGUCUGGACUGCCCCCUUGAGAAUGGAGAGGACCACAGCCAGAGUGGGCAGCUCUCCCCCUCCAGCAUAGGGGGUGAGCGGCCAUCCCGGAAACGGCCACAGAGUGGGAGCUGCAGCGAGAGCGAUGGCGAGAAAUCCCCCAGACAGGCAGGAGUGACAGCAGCAGCAGUGACUAAUGGCUACAGGAAGCAUGCGGAAAGCGGGUCUGAUUCUGAGUGCAGUUCUGGUCUUGGCAGUGGUCUCCCAUUUGACAUCUGCAGUGGUCUGACUCCACACAAACGUAGCCGAGGAAAGCCUGCUCUUGCUCGGGUCCCUUUCUUGGAUGGUGUAAAUGGAGACUUGGAAUACAGCAGCUCAGGUAGAAACCUACUGAUGCCAUUUGAAGAGCAGGCUGAACUAGAACCUCUGGAGCUUGUAUGGGCAAAGUGUCGGGGCUACCCUUCCUACCCAGCAUUGAUCAUUGAUCCCGAAAUGCCACGAGAGGGCCUUCUUCACAACGGGGUCCCAAUCCCCGUCCCUCCUUUGGAGGUAUUGAAGUUAGGGGAACAGAAACAAGCAGAGGCUGGAGAAAAGCUGUUUCUUGUCCUUUUCUUUGACAAUAAGAGAACGUGGCAGUGGCUUCCACGGGAAAAGGUUCUUCCCCUUGGAGUAGAUGACACAGUGGAUAAAUUAAAGAUGAUGGAGGGACGGAAAACCAGCAUUCGCAAGUCUGUCCAGGUUGCAUAUGACCGGGCCAUGAUCCAUAUGAGUCGGGUUCGGGGAGACCAUCCUUUUGUCACACCAAAUUAUCUGUAGGGGCUGAUAAAGCCUGCUCUGCCCUUCCUACUUUCCCUGGAGAUUAUGUCUGCAUCUAUAGGCUCAGUGGGUCUUGGUGUACACUGAACAGUGUGGGAUUUCCUCCCUUUCCUGGAGGAAGGUGUGACUGCUCUGUUUUGUGUUCAAAGCAGAGAAGCACUAUUCCUAGCAGUUGGGAAAGCUCCUGUAAAGUACCUGAUAUGUGCCAAAACACCUGCCUGGGUUCUUUCUGAAUAUGUAUCACUGAAGAGCCAGCAGGAGAGGAAGUAAUGGAAUGCUCUGACUGGCAAGACGAUGUCAGGAGCAGCUGCACUGCAAUGCCGUGGCCUUGGCAGAAUCUUAGACAUGAGAAGCAGAGCUAAUUUGCUGAUUGGACUGGAAGCCCCGCAAGACUCUUGUGUUUUCAAUCUUCAGCUAGUCCUGAAGAAUUCUCUGGAGCCUGCCACUACUAUAAAUAACCCAGUAUCCUCUUGAUGACUCUUGUGUGCCAAAUUUACAGUAAUAUUCAUCCUCCUUUUUCAUGUUAUUUUUAAAAGCACUCGUUUGCCCCUGCUGCAUUAUAACAUUUACGGCCUAGUCUAGAAAUCUCAUACCUGGGUUUAUGUCUGUUUUUAUGUUAGAACUUACCGACAAACAAACAAAAAAGAGAUGAUAUUUUGGUGAAAUUUCCCCUAUUCCCUUAUGCACAUUUACAUGCACAGAGCUUUAAAUAUGAAGAAGAAAUUACUUGUAAAAUGAUUUGUGUGAUUACAUUUAUGAAGUAGUUUUUACAUUUCAACGUCCAGUUAAUACAUUAUUGGAACAGGAACAGAACGAUGUUGUAAAAGUUCUUUUAGAAAGCACCCAACCUGCUAGAAGAAUAUUUGAUACUGAGGUUUAUGAAGUCAUGAAGAAAAUACAACCUUUUGUGGUUUUGAAAACGUUUGGUCCUGUUGCCCCAAUCCAAGGCGGUACGAACCGAGUUCUGUCUAAGUGCUGCCUCAUUCAUUUCAGUACUUGGGAAAACACCGACCCAUAAGUCUGCAUGAUUGCUGGACACGGAAGCAGCCUAUUGCCGAGGUAGAGGGGGCACAGUAUGUAUAGCAACCUGUUUCCAUAUGCGCUCCACCUCUACUUGGAGUUGGGCCAUUGUGCUGCUCACUGCACAUGGAGCGCUUUCACCAGCUUCUUACCUGCUUGCAUAGAGUGCCAUAUGUACAGUGUGCAGCUUUGGAUCAGGAUAUCCAUGUCAAACCACAGUUCCUCUUUAUCCUGGAAAAUCACCCCAUUUCGUUUUGGGUUGAAUCAAAAUGGUGUCUUAUCUUCUUGCUCACCAGAACGCAUUGCACUUUCACCCUUAGCUAUCCCAUAAAUAUUUCACCAUUGGCUUUUGUGCUCGGUGAACUUCCGUUAUUAGGAACUGUUAAGAAUAGAGCACAACUCUUCAGAGGAUCCUAUUUUUUUAAAACUUGCAUGUGCUGAGAAAACAGGGAGAGCUGAAGUGUGCAAGCUGAAAAAGCAGUUAGAUUUGAAGUUUGAUUUAUCUAGAUUUUGUUGUCUUUUCUUUUUAAGUGUUGCAAACCAAAGGUGCAGAGCAAGAUUGUAAUUUGAAGAUAUCAUUUCCCCCCUUUUAAACUCAGUAUUUUUUAUUGUUUUAUUUUUUCAUACUAAAGAGAUUGUGGAACAAAAUGUUAAUUGGAGAAAAUCACUGCCAUUUGUAUGUGGUCUACUUUUUUAAAGAAGCACCACGUCUUAUAUAUUGGGACAUAAAACCACACUUUAUGGAAAAUAUCUGUAACAUAAAGAAGAUGAAGAGGAAUCUUUUUUAAACUAGUUAAUAAUACCUGAAGAGUGUGGCUAUGGAAGGAACUUGUGUACAUAGUUGUAAAAUAAUAUUCUAAAUUAUUCAGGCCAAUUGUUACCAUUCUUAACUCCUCAGUUGCGUUGCUGGGUCUUUGUAUGCACACGGUGUCAUUAAUUUAAAGCAACAUACACUUUUCCCAGGUUGUAGUUCAGCUGUGGACUUGUGACCUAUGUAUAACUGUUUUAAGAUCUUGCAUUUUACUUUUCAUUUUUUUAAAAUUACAUUUUAAAGAUUUGAAUUGGCUAAUAUCCUGCUGUUGCUAUGGGACCUAAACGUGACUUGUCAGUCUGCUGUAAAGCACAGAUGGCUCUAUUUAUUGUAGAAAGUGAGUUUAUUUGCUUUCUAGAACUGUUUAUAUCAGAUGGUAUAAGAGGUAAUAAAAUUCUAUGCUUGUAAAGAAAAAAAUGCUAAUUUUACCUACUAUAAUCUGACUGUUUGAAGCUAUAUUUUCUCUCUGAGAAAUAAAUGUUCUAAUGUAAAA